AGUUGAGUAACACAGGUCGCCUUCCUGAAACUGGCGUUCCUGUGUUAGAAAAUAAAUGUGCAGUGAUGGACUUUGUCAUGAAUCCAUUUGAUGAAGAAACAAUAGCUGUUGGUAUGUUUAAUCACACAUGUGCAUAUGUUAUCUACAGUUGCUAGGGUGAACACCAAACGUGAUUGGCUGAGUGACUUUGUGUGAAAAGUUGUUACCCCCUCGAUCGGCUCAGGAGGGGCUCGCUGUCCCAGAAAUACUCGUAAAUAUAGUUCUAUAUAUUUAUAAUUAUGAUUUUAAGGUAAGAGUUUAUUUCCACGCCCCUUGCCAUUUUACAGUGUAAAAGCCGUUUACACCACCGACACAAGUUAUUUGAUAAAAUAAUCUAAACCAAGAAAAUUCAUGAAGGCACGCCGGGAAAUACACAAAUAUCUUAGGAGGCCACGCCGCUCCUAGGUUGCAGUAAAGCCGGUUUUCCACCAGGCGGAAUUUUGCGCGCGGAAAACCUUUAGUUGCGCAAGUGUUCUGUUGCUUUGCUAAUGUAGAUGUGUUUUUUUUUUGUAUUUAAGCUUGCGAAAAUGGUAGCAUCAAAUUAUGGAAAACGGGUGCGGACGGAUUAAAAGAAACCACAGAUGAACCAAAUGCGGUCCUCAAAGGUAACGUUUGAAUAUAAACUUGCAGUUUCGCUGAACAACCCAAACUAGCGUUUCGAGUGAAGGCCGUUUGUCAGGAGGUUAAAGACUUAGAGUAUAGUAGGACCUUGGAAAGCUAUUGAAGGAUCAAAGCUACGGCUGUAGAAGGACCUUCUCCAUGUUCUUUAUUUGUCCACUCCUCCAUCUUUAAAUGUGACAAUUCCGACUCCUCGUAGAUACAUUUCUAUUUUGUAUUCUUAUUAAUCACUAUUGAAUUCUUGAUAUUUGCAAUAAAUCACACAACAAGACAAAUUGCUUCAAAUGUGUAACAUUGAAUUACUCAUUUAGUAUAAAUUUCUUGAUCUCAGUUAAAACGUCCCUGAUUCUUUAAUACAUAACCUUACUGCAGCAAAAAUGGCAGCAUUUGAUACACCGUUCAGUAAGGCAUCCACAUGUUCAGAUAAACUAAGCGACAGCCAGUCGUUUCCAGCAUUCUGCACAACGGAGGAGUAUGAAGCGCGCAGAACAACGAAAUAUUUUUCUGCUUCACUCUUAAUCGGUUUUCCUUCUUUCUCGACUUCUCUCUUACAAGCUGUCCCUAUCCAUUCGCUGUUAGAGUUUGCCAUAUCACAUGCUACCCUACAGUAGCUUGGUUUCGUUUCUCCGCAUACAUCUUUCAAGUUCUUUAAAACCUUUCUUCCAUUUUCUUUUGUCAUGUGCAAUCGUCCAUCACUAUUUUGUGUUCCAUGUAUAUAUGGUUUUCUCAUAAACCGUAAAACAUUAUUGUCAAUAUUAUUAUUACAGUGUUUUUGUCUUUUCGACUCUAUUUCAUUGCAGAACGAACAAAGAAUUCUCUCUUUUGCAGGGCACAGAGAUCGACCAACCAUCGUACGAUAUCAUCCUACAGCCAACAAUAUUCUUACUUCUGCUAGUUAUGAUCUAUGUGUAAAUAUCUGGGAUGUGAAUAAAGAGACGACUGCGCUUUCUCUAGGCGGACAUCUUGAACCGGUAAGUUAAUAAGCGUUUGAUUACCGAGAAAUAUAGCAUUCUCAAGGUGUGAUAU